AUGAAAAACCUCGUGCUCCUCGCCGCGCUCCUGGCAGCCAUGCUCCUCGUGUCCGAGGCCAGGAAUCGCCGUCAAAUCGGCCAGGGCACCGGCGUCUACCAGAAUAAUGGAAUUGGCGGAGGCGCGCAACCGGGAUGGAACAAUGGCGGUAUUGGAGGUGGAGCUGGAUACAACAACGGAGGCAUUGGCGGUGGUGUGCAGCCCAACGGCUACAGCGACCCCUACAAGAACACGCAAGGCCAACAUAAGCACAACCACAACCACGGCCACAAGCACCACCACGGCAAACGCCACCUGCACAGCCGCCUUCACGAGACCCAG